AAAUAUGCCCACUUCCCUCCUUCUCCAUUCUAUAUUCCAUUGACUUCGAAAACUAAAGUUUAGCAAGUAGAACUCGAACAACACUAACAUGUCUGCUCAAUCCCCCACUAUUCCUCUUCUCACACCAUACAAGUUGGGGAAGUUCGAUCUUUCUCACAGAAUUGUUCUAGCACCAUUAACCAGGCAGAGAUCUUACAACAACGUUCCUCAGCCACAUGCCAUCUUGUAUUACUCUCAAAGAACCACCAAAGGAGGUCUUCUUAUAGCUGAAGCAACGGGAGUUUCUGACACUGCUCAAGGGUAUACCGAUACUCCUGGUAUUUGGACCAAAGAACAAGUUGAGGCUUGGAAACCCAUUGUAGAUGCUGUUCAUGCCAAAGGGGGUAUAUUCUUCUUGCAAAUUUGGCAUGUUGGAAGAGUUUCAAAUUCAGGUUUUCAGCCAAAUGGUCAAGCUCCAAUCUCUCCCACAGACAAGCCUUUGGCCCCUCGAAUUCGAGCUAAUGGCAUUGAUGUUGCACAGUUCACACCUCCGAGGCGACUGAGAACAGAUGAAAUUCCACAAGUUGUGAAUGAUUUUAGAAUUGCUGCAAGGAAUGCUAUGGAAGCUGGUUUUGAUGGGGUUGAGAUCCAUGGGGCUCAUGGUUACCUAAUUGAUCAGUUUAUGAAAGAUCAGGUGAAUGAUCGUACAGAUCAGUAUGGUGGAUCUCUGGAGAACCGCUGCCGUUUUGCUUUGGAAAUAGUUGAAGCUGUAGCCAACGAGAUAGGAGCAGAUAAAGUUGGAAUUAGAGUAUCUCCAUUUGCAAACUUGAUGGAAUGUGGGGACUCAAAUCCUUAUGCUUUGGGACUUUGCAUGGCUGAAUCCUUGAAUAAAUAUGGAAUUCUUUAUUGCCACAUGGUUGAGCCAAGAAUUAAAACGGCUGGAGAAAUAUCUGAAUGUGCAGACAGUCUUCUGCCCAUGAGAAAGGCUUUCAAAGGGACUUUCCUUGCUGCUGGAGGUUAUGACAGGGAAGAUGGAAAUAAAGCCAUAGCUGAAAACCGAGCAGAUCUCGUUGUUUAUGGCCGUCUUUUCUUAGCCAAUCCUGAUUUACCUCGGAGAUUUGAGCUUAAUGCUCCUCUCAACAAGUACAAUAGAGAUACAUUCUAUACUUCUGAUCCUGUAAUUGGCUAUACUGAUUAUCCAUUUCUUGAGGCCGCUAAUUAAUUAAGUUUCUGGUAGGAGAAUUGCUGUUUAUACUGUCCAAUACUUGCCUUUCUAUCAAGAAAUUGUUCUUUCUGAUCGAUGAUGGAAGGAUGUAUCUCAGGAACAAAUAAAUUCCUCAUUUUUUUGUACAAAUAACAGUGUUUUGGCAUACACAUAUGCCCAUAUAUUUAUCUCAUUGAGUGGUUUAAAUUGGUAACA